CAAGCGUUAAACAUUGUUCCAGUUUAAAGCUGAUAAAAAAACAGGAUGCAGUGGUUUGAAUGUGAUAUUCAAAUUCUCAACAGCCUUACUUGGGAAUAUUUGUAGCAGGCGCAUUUGCCAUUCGGUUCACAGUAAGAGAUUCAGACAAAAAAAAAAAAUACAAGUUUUAAAGUAGGCUAUUUAUGAACAGGGUGAGUGGACGCAGUUUACAGUGAACAUGUUAUUUUUACUUCUCCUUUUGCAACCUCUGUACGGGAUUCAUGGAACAGAGUCGGAACCAGCAGAAACCGUGUGCACGACCAGCGCGUGUUAUACUUUACACACAGAGAUACUAACGUUUGAAGAGGCACGGAAGAAUUGUGAAGAUAACGGAGGCAAACUGGCAACCAUGCGAGACAGAACAGAGGCUGAAGAGGUUAACUCGGUGCUGUCUAGGUUUGGUGAUGGACAACACGGCUUUAAAUUUUGGAUUGGCCUGAGACUGCUCAAAGGGACCUGCACUGUUGCUGACACGAAUCUGCGAGGUUUUAAGUGGAUAUCUGGAAGGCAGGACACCGAGUAUUCCAGCUGGGAAAAUGAACCCAAAAGCACCUGCACUGAAGAACGUUGCGUUUCCGUCAACGAUACUUCGUUUACACGGGAGUCAGGUAACCUACGAUGGACCGACCGAUCAUGCAAAGAUAUGGCCGGAUUCAUGUGCAAAUUUUAUUUCAAGGGGAUGUGCAAACGUCUACUUUUGGCAGGACAAGGACAAGUGAAAUACACAACUCCUUUUGUCAGAAGUCCCUUAAGUGACAGCAAUGACUUAACAAUGUUACCUCACGGAACUUCCGCAGAAGUGUCGUGCAGUGGUAGUACGCAUUAUUCCCUCUGUAAGGAAAUGCAGGGAUUUUUCGGUUGGACUUACUCUGGUCUGUUUUGCGACUCCAGCAAACUGGGCUGUAAAUAUGAAAAUGGAGGUUGCGAUCAGAUUUGCUUGGACAGUGACAGCGGAGGCGUUCGCUGUCAAUGUAAAGAGGGCUACGUGCUCGGAGAGGAUAAAGUUACCUGCGUCCAAAGAGAUUAUUGCCAAAAUUCUCCAUGCAAAUUUAAAUGCGUUUCAGGCUUGGAUGGAUAUACCUGCAUUUGCCCCGAGGGAUUCCAUCUUGCCGAGGACCAAACUAGUUGUAUUGAUAUUGACGAAUGUUCACAGGUGCCAUCUGCCUGUGAUGACCACACGUGCGUUAACAACCAAGGAAGUUACAGUUGCCAUUGCAAAAAAGGUUACAAAUUGACUAAUGGGAUAUGUCAAGACAUUGAUGAAUGUGCCGACUCUCCCUGUCCCCAGCGUUGUUUGAACUCACCGGGAUCGUUCUCCUGCUUCUGUUUAGCCGGCUACCGGACGUCAGAAGACGGGCGAAGUUGUGUGGAUCUUGACGAAUGUGUAGAGUAUCGGUGCGAGCAUACCUGCACUAACACGCUGGGAAGUUUUAAAUGUACUUGUACAGAGAACUUCAGACUAGCGGCAGAUGGCAUCUCUUGCAUCCCAGAUUCGACGGAGGACACCGAUGCUCCGCACAGAAUCCAUGAAAACUUUGGACCGAAAACAGAUGAACAAUUUGUCACUCCAGAGGCCACGACCAAUUCAGCCACAACAAAUCUGUUAGAUACUACUUUUAUGAGCACUAUUUUAGAAGAACCAACAACCAUUGCAUACGAAGACGCAUCCAGUGAUACCACCAUGGCAUCUGAUUCUAAUCCUCAGAAUGACCGAACAGAUGAAACGAACAACCACGUGCGCCAAGUUCAUUUCGGCGAAACGUGGAUCUUAGCUUCUGUUCUGGCUUCAGCCGCUGUUUUGGUGCUUGUGAUUGCUGUAGUUUGUGCCGUCGUGAUUUGUCGUCAGAAGCGCUUUAGAAAAGACACAAAAAAACAAAGCUCGACGGCAGACAGUUACUGCUGGGUGUCGUCCGGCAACGUUCAAACAGAAAAGACGGAGGAACAGACAUGACAUAAUAUAAUACAUCAAUUUGCAUGUUUGGCUGAACUUUUUUUGGAAACAAUGAAGUGUCUUAAAUGAACCAUCAUGAGAAUCUAAAAAAAAUCAAACCAAUGAAAUGGAGGGCGUUUUAAUUUGAAAGAAAACGUAUACGUAGUACACAGCUUCAGUGACAUAAUGCUAACAUUUUCUUAGCAUGAAUGUUUGCAUUGGCAACUUUGCUGUCUGGUUGAAUCAUGUAUUAUUCAAAUUUUAUGAUACCGCAUUAUG